GAGAAAGAGAGAGGGGAGGAAGGAGAAAGAUCGUGCGAGGGAGAGAGACCUAGAGAAGGAGAGGGAGAGAGACAGGGAGAAGGAGAGGGAAAGAGAGAGGGAUAGAGAGAAGGAGAGGGAGAGAGUCAGAGACAGGGAGAAGGAGAGAGACCGAGAGAGGGAUAGGGACAGAGAGAGAGAGGUGAGAGACCGAGAGAGGGGGAAGGACAGAGAGAGGGAUAAUAGGGAGGGGAGAGAUGGAGAGAAGGAGAGAGACAGAGAGAGGGACAGAGAAAGGGAUAGCAGAGAAGUAAGGGAGAGAGAAAGAGACCCGGAACGGGACAGGGAAUGGAGGGACAGGGACAGAGAGAGAGAGGUGAGAGACAGAGAGAGGGGGAGGGACAGAGAGAAGGAUAAGAGAGAGGAGAGAGACCGUGAGAAAGAAAACAGAGAAGACAGAGACAGAGAGCAGGAGAGAAAUCGAGAAGGGAGGGAGCGAGAGCGGGAGAGAGAUGGCGAGAGGGAGAGAGAGAAAGACAGGGAGAGGGAGAGCAGGAGAGAGGGGGUGCAGAGCCAGGCUCCAGCAGAGCUGGACAGGAAGCCUGGCCACGGAUGGAGGCCUCUCUCAGAAAUGGACCUGAGGCAGAAGACUGUCCUGGAGGAGGCCUGGAGGACACGCCCCCUCUCGGAGAUUGAGCAGAGGUCCACCCUCCCGCGCUGCUUUCCAUCGGACGAAGCGCGGACACGCUCAGGCUCCACAGGUUGUCGUCUCCCCCCGCGGUCGCAGAACCCCCCCGACCCCCCGCCGAGGGAGGGCUCCCUCCCCAAACUGCCCCUCCUGCCCCCGAUACGGCAGGGCUCCCUCCCCGAGCCUCCCAAGGUUCCCGCCGGCAGCAGCUCCUCCUCGUCCUCCUGCUCGUCUUCAUCGGCGACCUCCUCCGCGAUCGCGAACCCCGAACCUCCCGCCAGCGCGCCCGCCCCUCAGCCCCUCCCCGGCACCUCCGCCCCCUCCGCCUCCGCUAGCGUCCCCGCCCCCCCGCCAGCCAAGCAGCCGCCAGUGCCUCCACCCAAGCCUACCAACCGCUUCAGCAGUCCUGCCCUGCUGGGUAAGUGCUUUGAUGUCAUAGUUGCCUAGUGCUCUUGUCAUUGA